AUAAUAUUGAAAUUUUAGAAAAUGGAACCAAGAGAUAGCAGCAAACAUAAGCCAAUUGACUUCAACCUCAGGACUAAGAAGAUAAUAUCUCUGGAAUGGAAUGCAGGUGGAAACCACCUGGCAUUCUAUUCCACUGACAAUGACAUCAAAGUCUGGAAUUAUGAAGAUAUUGACAUCUCCAGAGGAUACGACCUCAAGGGUCAUAGCAAGAGAGUAGGUCAAAUCUCAUGGAAGCCAGAGGAUGAUAACAUCCUUGCCUCCGUUGGACAUGACUGUACUCUGAAGCUAUGGGACCUGAGAAGUGAUUCUGUCAAGGGAGGGGGCGCCUUAAAGUCGAUUCAUAAUGAAAAGACCAAAAAUCCAAACUACGUCCUGAACUGGAACCCUUCUGGAGAAAUUAUCGCUGUUGGAAAUGAUAAGGAGCAAGUAGAUAUCUAUGACUUAAGAACUUGGAAAAUCAUCCAAAAUUUAGACUUCCAGGAGAAAAAGUGCGAGCUUAAUCAAAUAGAAUGGGACAGAACUGGGAACAUGCUGUUUAUACCAAACACUACUGGAACUGUGUAUGUUCUGGACGGAAAAAAUCCAGAAUUAGAUGCAAUGGAGGAGAUAAAUGCUCAUUUUGGAACAGUAUUUUGCAUUAGGAUUUCCCAUAACAAUGAGCUCCUAGCAACAGGAUCUGCUGAUUCGCAUCUUUGUGUAUGGGAUAUUGAUGAGCUUGCUUGACUCAGGUCUGUAACCAAGAAGGAUUCAAUAAUUGACCAAGUAUCCUUCAGCCAAGAUGAUAAAUACAUUGCCGCGUCUUGCAGAGAUGAGGUCAGGAAGGAAUCAAACAUUGAUAUCUACAAUACAAACACAGGAGAAAGAGAGUGCUGACUAGCUUUCGCUGCCAAGAAGUUUACAGUUGCUUGGCACCCAAAGGUAAAUGUUCUUGCAUUUGGAGGGGAAGGAGAGAAAGAAGGUUGCAUUUCCUUGCUGCCAUUCAACGAAAAAGUAUAA